AUUGCCAAUCCUCUUGCAGGGAGAAAGGGAGGCCACAAAGGCCGGGCACGGCAAUACACAAGCCCCGAAGAGAUUGACGCACAGCUCCAAGCUGAAAAGCAGAAGGCCAGGGAAGAAGAGGAACAAGGAGAAGAAGAUGGAGAUGGGGCUGCAGGUGAUCCCAAAAAGGAGAAGAAAUCACUAGACUCAGAUGAGAGUGAGGAUGAAGAAGAUGAUUACCAGCAAAAGCGCAAAGGUGUGGAAGGCCUUAUCGACAUCGAGAACCCCAACCGAGUGGCACAGACAACCAAAAAAGUCACACAACUGGACUUGGAUGGGCCCAAGGAGCUUUCAAGGAGAGAACGAGAAGAAAUUGAGAAGCAGAAAGCAAAAGAACGUUACAUGAAAAUGCAUUUAGCUGGGAAAACAGAGCAAGCCAAAGCAGACCUUGCCCGGCUGGCAAUUAUCCGAAAACAGCGGGAAGAAGCUGCCAAGAAGAAAGAAGAAGAAAAGAAAGCAAAAGAUGACGCAACUUUGUCAGGAAAACGAAUGCAGUCGCUCUCCCUGAAUAAGUAACAAGGCCUGAGGGAGGAGAUACCA